AUAACAGACGGACUUCACUAUAUUGAAUCCGGGUUUGGACUUGACCGAUUAGUCUUUCAAACCUUCUAUUGCGAUCGUCUUCAUCUUACUAAAACUCUACCACUCCAGAUUUUUCAGAAAAUCUCUCAACUUUUUCAUCGAAUAUGCAACAGGGUACAGGAUCAGAGACCCAAGUUACUUGGGAAGAUCAGCAGAAUAUCAACAAGUUUAGUAAACUCAAUAAUCGAUUUCAUGAGCUAAUUGAUGAGAUUAAAUUCCUCAAGGAUAAAUGUGAGAAUUUGGAAGAUGCAAGCAACGAGCUGAUCUUGACUGAUGAGGAGAUAGUACGUUUUCAAAUAGGAGAGGUAUUUGCUCAUGUGCCAAAGGAAGAAGUAGAAACUAGACUAGAAGAGAUGAAAGAAUUGACUGAAAAAAAUUUGGAGAAACUUGAAGAAGAGAAGGAAUCUAUAACCGCACAAAUGGCUGACUUAAAGAAGAUCCUGUAUGGCAAGUUUGGAGACUCCAUCAAUCUAGAGGAAGAGUAAGAGACUUUUGGACUUUUGGCCUUAGAAUUCAGAGUCCAAGAGAUCGCAGUAAUUUGAACAAGGGUAGUUAUUUUUGAAGGCAAUACUUUUUUAUUUACAGCAUUUGCUGCAUUCUUCCAGCGAUUUCAGAGCAUAGGUUAUAUUUACGUGAUUUGUUGAUUCGACUGCUUUUCAGUUUUCACUAGGUGGUGUUUGCUAUGAAGUUAUUCUAAUGCUCUGAAUUAAACAUUUGUUUUUAUUUUUUAAAAUGAACAUAAAUUGAGCUGUCAGAGGAAUCAGGUUGGACAUUCAGAUGUAAUUGAAGUGUGGAACUAACAGAUACAUUACAAAAUAAUUUCUACAAA